AUGGACCACGAAAACCCCUCUUCGGAAUCAUACCAACAAUCCGAUGACGGUUCCAACUAUAGUGACAAUGACGAUGAUCGAGCUUCGCCCAUACUCGAAGGCUCAUCUGACAUUGAAAUGGACGAUGUCGAUGUCAGGACACGUGCCAUGCUAGAUCCAAAGCUACAUUACAAGUUUUGCUCAAAGUGUGGUCCAGACUAUACCUAUCGUCCAAGUAAACGUGAUGCUGAUCUAGAAGCAGAUCCUGGACCACUCUGGCCUUGCAACACGUGUACAGCAUCUAUGCACGAAAACUGCAUCACAAAGUCUAAGCGAAGCAAAUCAACCAAACCUCCAAAUUAUACUUGUCAACAAUGUACCAAAAAGGGUAUAGUACUCUGUGAACUAUGUGAUCGAGUAGACCCUCCAUCAAAAGCCGUAAAAUUGCUAGGUAGCGAACUACCAAACGAUUCCGAUACCUUAUUCCUUCGCUGUGAACGAUGUGUAUCUACCUUCCACUCAUCGUGUCUAUUACAAGCAAUAUGGCCGAACGAUGAACGUGCUGUAAAGACACUUGGCAAGAUGAAACGUGGUCAUAAAUGUCACGAGUGCCUGGAAUACGACGUUGUCAUCGAAACUGUAUAUACUUACCGAGACGUAGUAACCUCACCAGUCAAGGUCGACGACAUAAGUGAUGAAGAAGAUGAGGUUGUAAAGGAGGAUGGAAAGGCUGGUAUCGUAGGAGACGAUGAUGUGACGAUUGUUGAUCAGAACUCAGCCUCUGCUACCGCAUCAUCCUCAAAGAAAGCUACUGUAGAUGCUCUACAAUCAAAGGCCACUUUGAAUACUCCACAAUCAACCCGUGAAUAUUAUUGUAAGUUUGAAGGAUUUCCGUGGCGAUUUGCCACAUGGCUCCCUGAAAAAUGGAUCAAGAAGGUAGCGGAUAGAAAAUUACUCGCCUUCCAUCGUCAAAUCGCCAUACAAGAAGCUGAAUCUGCAGCCUCAAAGUCAAAUCUGCCGAGGCACCAAAUCCAAAAACAUCCAAUACCAGGUGAUAUUCCCAUACCACAAGAAUGGUUGUUUAUAGAUAGAGUCGUAGAUGUGACAUUCGCAAAAGGGUAUAGUGUUCAUCAGGCACUGGCUCUGCCAACUGGUCAAGCCGCGAACGCACUGCCAUAUGUAGAAUCUAUGAAGGUGGUUUGGUCAGGUGCCUCUGGUCUUCGGGCGUAUUCAGAUAUAAAUACCUCUGUAGAGAAUUACUGGACUGAUCUGAAGACGACGGAUCCAAAACUAAACAGGAAUCUCAGGGAUGCAUACAGGAAUUGGAUUCGUCGACAGAAGAUACCUGGUGAAGCACUGCACUAUCUUGCGAAACAACGUCUAUUGCCCAGACAGAGCUUCCAUCCAAUCGAAGCGACUCCUGAGUACAUUGGAAACCCUUUGAAGGAUUAUCAGAUUGAGGGUGUCAAUUGGCUUUUGUAUAACUGGUGGCACAACAGAUCGAGUAUUAUUGCUGAUGAGAUGGGAUUGGGAAAGACAGUUCAAGUCUUGACAUGCUUGAGCAUCUUGGAGAACGAAUUCAAAAAGUUUCCAUUCUUGAUUGUGGUCCCAUCCUCAACUCUGGGUCAUUGGCAACGUGAGCUUAAAGAAUGGGCCCCACGCCUUGACGUGACCAUGUAUGCAGGAGACGAACCAACCCGCAAACUAAUAGCCCAAUACGAAAUAUUCGGUGGUUCACUGAAAGCUAAGAACAUCUGCUGUCAUGUAGUCCUCACCAGCUACGAAUCCAUCUUACGAGAUGCCAACAAAUUCGCUUCAAUCAAAUGGGAAGUAGUUGUCGCUGACGAAGGUCAUCGAAUCAAGAACGACGAAAGUAAGGGAUUUUCCCGAUUGACUGAUAGUAUUCAGUCAAAGCAUCGUAUAUUGAUGACUGGUACACCGCUUCAAAACAAUUUAAAGGAACUGUAUACUCUUAUGAGUUUCCUUGACCCAAUCAAGUUUCCAGUUGGUGAAAGAGCAGAUACUAUAUGGGAAAAGGAGUAUUUGGAUCUGACUCCUGAUGUUGUUACUCAAUUACAUGAUGAUUUGAAGCCAUACUUUUUGAGACGAACCAAGGAUGUUGUAUUAAAGGAUUUGCCACCAAAGAUUGAAAUGUUUGUACCUGUUGGUAUGAGCCGUGAGCAAAAAGUCUUAUACAAGGCCGUCCUCACCAACAGCUACGGAAGUUUACGUGGCAUGGAGUCCAAACUAAAGGCUGGAUCCUUGCAAAACAUCCUGAUGCAACUACGUAAAGUAGUAGCUCAUCCAUACCUCCUCAAUGCACCACCCGAUGAAAACGAUCUCAGAGAUACGAAUCCUGCCGAAGCUCAUAGGCGACACGUAAUGGCAUCUGGUAAACUCGUCCUCUUGCAAAAAGUGUUGCGAGUGUUGAGAAAGGAAGGUCAUCGAGUGUUGAUCUUUAGUCAAUUUCGAAUGGCGUUGGAUGAGAUUGAGACUUUUCUGAUUGGGGAGGGGUAUCUGUAUGGGCGUAUGGAUGGUACAACUGUAGUAUCUUCACGCCAGAGACUCAUUGAUGAUUUCAAUGAUCCUCAGUCUGAUCAGUUUGCAUUCUUGCUUACUACUCGUGCUGGAGGUGUCGGUGUGAAUUUGACUGGUGCUGAUACAGUCAUUCUUUACGAUGCUGAUUGGAAUCCACAUUGUGAUCUGCAAGCCAUGGCACGAUCUCAUCGUAUUGGACAAACCAAGCCUGUAUUUGUUUACAAGCUGUUUACAGCUGGAUGUGUGGAAGAACGAAUCGUACAAGUCUGUAAACGUAAAAUGGUCCUGGACGAAGUCAUUGUCGAGUCAAUGGAAAAGGAGAAACUAAGCAAGGACGCAAUAUCAGGCAUCAUCAGAUUUGGCGCUGAAGCCUUGUUUAGUGAGAAUGAAAACGUCAACGAAAACACUGCCAUAUACGAUGAUGCUGCUGUCGACAAGCUUCUCCAUCGGGAAUUCUUUCUCGAAGAAUUACGCAAUCGUAAAGAAGAUCCAGAAAAGGAACUCAACCAAAAUAAUGCCUUCUCGUUCGCCAAAGUAUGGACAUUAGAUCCCAUUGUAGAUGAAGAUUUAGCUGCUGCUGCACCUAAUGGUGAAAUAAUUGAUACGAAUCCCGAUCCGGCAUUUUGGGAUCGUGUCUUGCAGGGCCAGCGUGAUGAAACGGGACGCAACUCGUCAGAAGUCGUAGAUUUAGAGUACAAAAACGACAGUACUGAUCCAAACGAGAUGGAUUAUGUACCCGAUGAUGAUAUGGAUGAUGGAUCGGGUGGUGCUAGCAAACGAAGUCGUCGAUUGAAACGUCGUGUAGCUGUAAAACCCAUAUCGUAUACUGAAUCGAACGAACUCGACUCGUCACCUGCUGCUGGUCGUAAACGAAAGGCUGGGUUUGGUCGUACGGCUGCUGAUGAUGAGGAUUUUGCUGGAGUUGCAAGUCCCCAGUCUGAUGCUGCAGCAGAGUUUGAUCAUCAUGAUGAAGACGACGAGGACGAUUUCGAACAUAGUUUGAAGAAGAACAAGAAAAAGUCGAAACUGGUAAAACAGGAAUUGGCUAGACAACAGCAAAAUGAACAGCAGCAAUAUGAUCGGGGGCAAUACAUCAUAUUCUCUGAUGAGAUAACUGCUCCAGAAGCACUGCCGCGUGUAAAUAUGUAUGUAGAUAAUGCUAGUCAAGCAGGCUUAAGAGGUGUAGCAGUACCACCAGUAGAACGUAAGGCCACUAUAAAGAAACCGAAAGCUACACCACUUCAGAAUAUGCCACUGCCAGUAGUAGCAGCAUCUGGAAGAGCAACUCUACCAUUACCAUCACGUUGGAAUGAUGCAGCUGGAAGGCAAUAUCAGGCAGACUUUAUGAAUAAUGCUAGACAGACUGACCUAGGUAGAGCUAGUACUAUGGCUCCUCCACCAACCAGAGCAUAUCCGUCUCCAGUAUUACAGCAAAUGCAAGCACAGCCUGGACCCUCUGCUGCUACUAAAAAGGGCAAGGCUCCUCAGAAUAAUAAAGUAGAGCAACUUAAACGAAAUGGAAAGCCGAACGGACACUCGUCUCCACCUACUGUAGCACCAGAACUUGCCACGAUGCUUCAAUCUUUAUCACGAGAAGAGCUGGCCGAUUACCAUGCACAGAUGACGAAUGGGACGCUGACUGCUGCUGAACUUAAGAAAUUGAUGAAGGUUAGAGUUGCUGAGUUACAGGCUUUCUCUUCAUCAUCUUCUCUGCCACCGUCACCAGCAGCACCAUCUAUACCCCCAAAUCAUGCAAGUCCAAAUAUAGUUCCGGGACGGCUCAAUACAAAUAUCGCCAGUAUUCCAAGUGGGAGUAACUCCCACAUAAAUUCACUGCAAACUAGUCCAUUGGUUGCUCCUAUGCCUGUUGGAUGGGCUUAUCCACCUGUUGCUGCUCCGGUUCGGUCGUUGCAAAAUAUACCCGGUGUGAAUGGGCCUGUGGACCCAAAUUAUCGUAGGACUGCAAGUCCUGGUGUUAGUAGUAAUGCUGCCAGUAGUGGUACGGUUGCGCCACCACCUACGGCUGUCAAUCCACCAGUUACGAUGACUGACAGAAACCAAACACAUGCACCACCACCUACAGCAGUCAAACCCCCAACUACGAUGAUUGUUAAUCAUCCAACAGCACCGCAUUUCGCAGUUGUAAAUAAUGGUAGUCAGCCCUCUAUGACAAUUUUAAAUCAACCUGCUAGACGACCAUCGCAACCACCGCCCAAAAUAAGUCAGCAGCCAUCUAGUAUACGAACGCCACAACCACCAGCAUCAUCACUACGACGUAUCGAACCUGCAACCGCAGUGUAUAAUCAUGGUCUUAGGAACACAGGUAGUACGGGUGUCAACACAACAAUAACACCGACACAACCAGAUGGAGUAAUGAUCACAUCGCCAGAAUCACGAUUCAGUUUCCUCUCGUCAUUGGCUUCGUCAUCCAAUCCGGUCAUGCCUCAACCUGGUGUGAAUGGACGGAUGGGAGGGAUUGUUGUUAUACCUGGACCGAGGAUAGCAGGACCUGGUCCUGAUGUAGGUGGUGGCGGGAGUGCUGAUUCUCCUUUCCGUGGUAGUAGUAGGAUGCAGGCUCCUGUGAAUGGGGGUAGUGGCAGUAGCAGUAAUGGACCUAUCAUACAACCGCAACAACGAGCUGCACAACAGGAUGCUGCUCAUUCGCAAACAAGUCCAUUGCAAACUAGUCAACAGCCGCCUAAAUCGCUGGUUGGAAAAGCAGCGAAAGCUGCGUUGGUGAUUGAUUUGGUGUCGUCUGAUGAGGAUGAGUGA